UCGAAGUAGGGAUACAAAAAUAAGAAAACGAUCGUGUAGAAUUGUCCGCAUAGGGUUUGCUCUACGAAUGCCUCGUAGUGCAAAGGACCAGAGGACUCUGUUAGCAGGAGCUAACGUUGGCUAGCCAGCUAAUGUUUUGUAGCCAAGUGACUUACCGAUGCAAUGGCCUCCAGGUGUGUCCCCGAUGAUGUAAGGCGUCCCCGGCUAUAACACCAAGAUGAGUGAAGUCCAGGCCACGGUGGAGUUUGCUGUGGAGCUCCACAAGUUUUACAAUGUGGACCUGUUCCAAAGAGGGUUCUACCAGAUCCGGGCCAGUAUGAAGGUCCCUCCCAGGGUCCCUAACAAAGUAGAAGCCAGUCUGCUCCACCCGGCAGGCUCCGAUCUGGCCUUCCCAGCCUCAGUCCAGGAGGACGUCAUCAGCAGCAGGACCUAUCAGAUCCUGUACAAGAACGAGGAGGUGGCGGUGAACGACGUUCUCCUCUUCAAAGUCAUGAUGCUGUUGGACGAGAAGAAGGUGGAGGAGUCCCUCAAUGAAAUGGAUUUCCAAAUCGUCCUGGAGUUGUUCUUCACAGAUGGGGACUACAGUUCCGAGGACCAGAGCUCCCUCCAGAGCAUCAGCAGUCGCGUUCUUCGUUUGCACUUUAGCCUCCAGAAAGGCAUCCACCAGCAGGUCAACAUUAUGUUCGACUACUUCCACCUGUCGGUCAUCUCCAUGACGAUCCACGCCUCCCUGGUCGCCCUGCACCAGCCGUUGAUCAGUUUCCCAAGGCCGGUGAAAACCACAUGGCUGAACCGCAACGCUCCGGCACAGAGCAAGGACUCGGUGAUCCCCAACCUGGAGAGCGUUGUGUUCGGGAGCAGCUACAUGAAGCAGGUGUCUCCAGACGUAAGCCCAAAUCAAACGGGGGGUCUCUUCCUUGAGAAGCCCCUGUAAGCUGUCGCUUUCUAAAAAAGACUCACUGCUCAAUUUAAAUCGAGCUGACUCUAUUUAAAAUGAGCCGAGUACCCAUUUCUACCGAAGUCUGGUUGUAUCACCGGCUAUAAUUAAGUGGCAGACCAAGACCUGUCGCACUUGGGCCUAAAAAAAAAAAAAAAUUGUUUGGUUCUGGUUUCCGACCGACCCUGUCAAUUUAUGUGCAACUCAAAUUAUUUUAUGAGCUUUAAAAACAUUUUUUUUUUUUGCAAACUAUGAUUACUUUUUGGUACAGCCCCUCUUCAUUCUGUACAAGGAUGAGCGAAUUUUCUCGUUUUUAAAUGAAAACAACCUACCUAUCAUUCAUUGCCGCUGGAAAAAUAAAAUAAAAAAAUAAAAUAAAUUCCCUACCUACCCAUGACCUCAACUGACAACCAACAGGAACCAAACUUUUUUAUUUUUUAGGCCUUGCUAGCAGAACCAGUAGGAUCCUGGGUUGUUGUUGAGUUCGUAGUAGUAUUAGUAUUAGUAACAGUAAUAGUAGUGUUAGUGCUGACACACUUCCAACAGCCUCGCUGAGUGAGGCUGCUGACAGAUAAAUAGACAGAAAAAUGAUUAGGGCCCGCCAUGAUGGUAUUUAGCCUCAUGGGAGCCCUGAGAUGAGGGGGCCUCCGCUGAAUGCUCCCGAGAUUCCCCGGAGCAGAACGGAGGCGAUGUCUCUCAUCAU